CCCCUGUUCUAACCUAAACUGUAACCCUUCAUAUAAGUUGGCCAUACAUGUAAGACCAUGUUACAACACAAUGUCAGGUGGCAGGGAAGGGUGCACCUGCAGGUACAUUAACAUUUUAUUUAGAAUGGCCAGGCGAUUGGCAAACAGCAUAGACUAUUUCCUGAAAAGUUUCAUGGUUAAAAAACAAAAACCGAUCAUCAGUCCUGGAGGUGUUCAUAACACAGCUCUUACACUCUUCUUUUUCCUUCUGGUGUUCGAAUACCUCCUGAUAUUUAUGUAGCUCCAAAGUAAAAGUCCUCUACAUAAUAUCGACUAUAUUAUGUAAUCAGUUCAAAAGCCAAUACUCAUUAUUCAAAAAUACAUUUUUAAAAAUUAAAUUGAUUAAGUUGUUGUUGUUGUUAAGAUUAAAGUAAGGCUUGUAAUAUUGAAAGUGUUUCUAGGUAAUAAUAAGAUAAUACUGAAAAUUUCUGUGAUAUAAUACCUUUGGGUGUUUUUUUUUUUUCUUGUCUGAACAUUAUAGUUAACACUGACUAAUUUAUUGAUCUUGAUUCUAGUUGAUGGUGGUAACUGGAAAAUAAUUUAUAUAAUGUUUACCACUCUGCUUAAUCACCUGAAUAGUGUUUAAAACCUUAUGUUCUUUUACUUGCAGAAAAGUGUGAAAGAGCUUUAUAUAUAUAUAUAUAUAUAUUUCUAUUAAUUUUAAAUCAGCUUAUUAUAUAACUCUCUCUCUCUCUCUCAAAUGUAUGUCAUUAUUCAACAAAACAAGAACAAUCAUUGUUAAACAAUAUUUUUUCUUGUCUGAACAUUAUAGUCAACACUGCCUAAUUUAUUGAUCUUGUUUCCAGUUGAUGCUAAUAACUGCGAAUGAGACCGGGUGCCUCAUAAGCAAUAGAGAUUGCUUCCACUAUCCAAUUAGAGAUGCGCUUCUUUGACACAUCAUCACCCCUACUGUUGCUGCCAAGCAGACAAGCAGCUGCUUCGACUUACACCAGUGGCCGGAGCGGUGGACGUAAGUACAGAGAGCCCUUACUGGACACGGUAGGUGCAAUUUCUCUUGUUCCGGUAUGAGGAACGGAGGAGGGCAGAAAGCCUGCAACAGUACUGGCUGGGCAGCAGACAUAGGUACUUUAGGAAUAUAAUCUGGACUAGAAUAUAGGAAGGCCUUGGCUAAUCCAGGGGCAAAGUCAAGGCAGGAAUGGCCAACAGAGAGAGCUUGUAGAUCUCCUACUUGCUUGAGAGAUGUCAGGGCCAGCAGAAUAGCUACCUUUAGAGUCUGAAGCCUCUCUGAGGCUGACUCUAAGUGCUCAAAUGGAGCACCUGACAGACCUUCUAGGACCACAGAAAGGUCCCAGAAAGGUAUGCGUGGUCUGUAGAUGAGCCUCAGCCACCUGACACCAUGUACAAACCUCAAAGUUAGAGGAUAUUUCCCCACAGAGACUCCAUAAAUAGGGGCGUGGCUGGCCAAAAGGGUGGCCACGUAGACCCUGAUUAUAGAAGGAGCCAAACCUGCUGAGAAACGUCCUUGUAAGAACUUCAGGACUGUAGUUAUUGCACAGUUCACUGGGGCUAGCUGAUGUUCCACGAGACAAAAAGUCGCCACUUGAGUGCAUACAAUUUCCUCAUGGCUAGAGCUCUAGUGUUCAACAUGGUCUCUACAACCUCAGUUCUGAGACCAGAAUCUAUGAGCUGGUGCCCUUCAGGGGCCAAACCUAAAGUUUCCACAGGUCCGGCCGAGGUUGAUAAAUCAGCCCUCUGGCUUGAGACAGUAAAUCCCUGUAGACGAGCAUCUCCCAAGGAGUGCCGUCUAGCAAGAAUAUUAUCUCUGAGAACCAUAUUCCAGCUGGACAAUAAGAUACUACUAACAGUAGACUUAGAUGGUAUUGGCGAACUCUCACUAAAACUUGUGGGAGCAGAGCAAUAGGGGAAAAAGCAUACAGUUGUGACUACGGCCAAAUGUGCACCAUGAUGUCCAGCCCCAUGGUGCGGGAGGAGUGAGGGCGAACCACAGGCAGUGUGUUGUCUCCUCAGAGGCCAACACAUCCACUUCCACUUGGCCGAACCUCCGCCAUAUGGACUCCACCACUUGAGGAUGGAGCUUCCAACCCCCGGGCCUCAGACCCUGCCUCGACAGGAUGUCCACUCCCAUAUUCCGGCUACCCGGAAUGUACAUUGCACUCACUGACAAGAACCUUACCUCUGCCCAGAGAAGAAUUAGUUGCACCUGCCUGAACAGGGGGCGUGAACGUAAUCCUCCCUGGUGGUUGAUAUAUGAGACGACCGCUGUGUUGUCUAUCACAAUUAACACAUGGUGACCUCUUAAUUGAGGAAGAAAGAACUUCAGUGCUAGAAAUACAGCCCGCAGCUCUAGGCAAUUUAUAUGCCACUCCAGAUGAGGUCCGCUCCAAAGACCGUGAGGGAGGCGUCUGUCAUUACCGUUUUGCGAUAAGGAGCCGCCCUUAGAAAGUGACCCAAGGUUAGAAACCGGGGACAGCUCCAAAUUCUCAGAGCACAUAGGCAUCACUGCAUGACACUGAUUACUCUCAGAGGUUUCGUCCUCGGACGAAACCCCCAACUUUUCAUCCACCACUGAAAUGGUCUUAUGUGCAACAGGCCCAAUGGUAUGACGUUGGCUGCUGCUACCAUAAGCCCCAACAGUCUCUCAAAGAGACCUGAGGGGAAGCCCAGAUCCAGCUUUAUCUUGCUCAAUGUUGAUAGGAUUGACCCUACGCAGGUUGGGGAUAGAAACGCCCUUAUCAUAGCAGAAUCCUUAUAACCCCUAGAAAAGUUGUCCUGUGCACUGGAGAAAGCAUAUUUUUCUUGAGGUUCAACCUGAUCCCGAAGCUCCUCAUGUGGGUGAGAACAACAUCUCUAUGUUGAAUUGCCAGUUCCCUGGAUAGUGCUAGAAUUAAGCAGUCAUCCAGGUAGUUUAGUACACGGAUGCCUUGGAGUCGCAAGGGAGCCAGAAUGGCAUCCACACACUUUGUGAAGGUGCGAGGCGAUAAAGCUAGCCUGAUGGGAAGAACCCAAUAUUGGUACGCGUUGCCUCCAAACGUGAACCUCAGGAACUUCCUGUGACAGGGUGAUGUUUCUAUGUGGAAAUAUGCGUCUUUGAAAUCUAUCAUCACAAACCAGUCGUCAAACUGAAUCUGUGGAACAAUAAGUUUGAUCGUCAGCAUCUUGAACCUGUAUGUCCGAAGAGUACGGUUCAGAUGAUGCAGAUCUAAAAUUGGCCAUAUACACCCAUCUUUUUUGCAGACCAGGAAAUAACGGCUGUAGAAACCUCCCUCCCUCAGGUUCUAUGGCUCCUUUGUCCAAUAAGGAUCCUAAUUCCUGCACUAACAUUUUUUUUGGCUUUCCAUAGCGGAAGGAGGAGUCGUGAUGCAAGCUCCAAAAUCUGGCGGAGAGCCUCUUCCAGAUCCAUACAAGAUCCCCAGGACCUGAGCCGGCUGGUUGCCUUGGCAGCAGCCGGCCCAGAUCUGUGAGGCUCUGAAACCCAACUCCCUUUGGCUGUGAAGAGAGUGAGUCGUGAGCGGAGCUGCCUAAUUAUCCUAAGAAGGAGACACGAUGCCCAAACUAAAAACUCUUAAUGAACUGAAGCAGCUGGAGGAAUCUGGAUUUGGUAAACCUUUUCCAAGACAUGGACUUAAGCUGCUUUACUGGUUUGCUCACGACUGUCUGUAUUUUGAUGACAAUAGUGAGAUGUGCUGGCAGUACGAUCCAGAGGAAGGAGAUUUUGCUUUCCACCUAUUUGAAAACAGAAUUGAAAAAAAUGGUGAUAAACUCCUGCCUGAUGUGAAUCUUGACUACUAUGUGGUGGGCAAUCUGAGCAAAGCAGGAGCAGACGAGCUGCCAGAUUACGUUCGGGAAGAUUUUAUCAAAAACUGUAAUAAUAAAACCCGCAACAUGGACCGCAUCAUAGUCAGCGUUGAAGAUGAGUAUUUUGACAGAGUCUAUGUGACUGAGCACAGUGAUCGGACAGAUUUCAACAAGGAAGCCACGUACCGCAUUAGCAGGGGCCUCAUUAUGAUUAUCAGACGGCUGAUCUUAGAGGAAUUUCUGUUGAGAACUGGGUACUCGAAACAGCAAACAAACAUUUUCUUCACUAUUCCUGUGACAGUUCCCAUAUAUUUAAGUAACCAAGAACCCCUAUGUCCAACUUCACCAGUAACCAUACCAGCAAUUAUGUCUUCUACAAAUGAAAACAUUUGCAUUCAGAUCGAAUCUCCACCCAUCAUGACAAAUGAUAAUAAUACCACCCAAAGACGCACUAGUGUGGAGAGUCAACUGAACAAUUUUGUUCAGGACAAUAUCAUCCAUAGUUUGAGAAUUUCCAACCUUCAACCUCCAUCUCAGGAUAACCAAACAAGCUCUACCUGCACUCCAAUCGCCACAUCUUUAACCUGGAAUUCCAACCUUCAACCUCCAUCUCAGGAUAACCAAACAACCUCUACCUGCACUCCAAUCGCCACAUCUUUAACCUCGAAUUCCAACCUUCAACCUACAUCUCAGGAUAACCAAACAACCUCCAUCUGCAUUCCAACCAUCAUGUCUUCAAGGAACCAAGACAUUGAUAUUGAAUCAUCUCCUGUUUCACAAAUGAACUCUCAUGUGUUAACUGAUCACACACAAACAUACCUUACCAGGAUAUUUCGUGGGGCAAGAUGUUGCAAUUGUACCAUACUUUAGGCUGGAGUUGGGGGCCACACUAGUUAAAAUCUCAAUAAUGUGGCUGCACCAAUACAUCCAAUCACAUUUAAUUAAUAUGUGCUUUGUACAUUUUAUGAGAUUUAUUCAAGUAGUAUACAGUAGAAUACAUGACUCCAAAGCAAUAGUCUCCAAGGAAUCACUUGACAAAAACAUUAUGAUUGUAGGUCAGGCAGUUUAAGACCUAUGAACACAAACUAUUUCACAGACUGAAAUCUGUGUAGUGCUUUUAAACACUGAGAUUGUUCAUUAACAUAUGAGUUUUAUUGUUAUCAUAGCUGAAGAAUUAUGUCUGGACUACAUGCAGUUAAAGCAAUAUUUAGUGUGUGUACAUACAGUACUGUAUGAUUCAUAAUCUUUAUGACUACACUUCAACAGACUUUACAUUAGUAAAAAAAUAUAUACUAAUGAGGAAAAAAUAUAGAAAUUAACAACAAUAAUUUUCAUUAGUGUCUUUUACAGACGAAUGAGACCAGCCAUCUGUUAAAAUAUCAGGCUUUAGAAA